AACAACGAAAUCCUAUCCAAUAGCACUAGUUCAAUUGAAUGUUGGUGGUAGGAACUCAAUGAACCGUGACAAAGCUGGAUCUUGCCGUUUCUCCACCUGACAUCUAUCUUCUCAUAUGCAGAUACCAACCCCUAUUUCUUGUGGCAUAGUUGAAACGUUCAACAUCUUAGCAACAAAUUUAUCUGAGGGCCUGUUUCGUUGUGCCAAGGCCACGUCGACGCAGUAGGGUUCUUUUUGCUGGCCAUUCAGAGGCGGCCGCCCACGUCAUGGCGGACCGCCUCACAAUAGAGCAUUACGUUGGUGAAGCAUUUGUGAAAUGUGGUCAAGUUAUCCUUGGCUCGCGGAUUUUGCCCUCGGGGCCUGUGCAGCAAUCGCGUGGUCCCCGUGAUAAAAGGGCAGGCCGUUGGUUUCUACUUGAAUUGGAAGACCUGGAUGGGGUUGGCCGGGAGGUGGAGCUCUGGCGGAAAGACAUUUCGUCGCCGAUGGUUGUGGAGAUCCUGAUGUCGCCAAGAGCGCCCUCGGCAGCAUCCGGCAGCAGCGGAGGAGUCGGAGGAGGAGGCAGCAGCAACGCCAGUCAGGCAGCAGGUGAUCCUGGUCCCCCAACCUCCACCACAGCAGCAGCAGCAACAGCAGCAGCAGCCGCGACAGCACCACCCGGUGACGCCACACAGCUGCAGCUGCUGGAGAGGUGGACACUGCAGUACGAGCGGGAGCAGCAGGUGGCGGCAGGAGGGGGAGGGGGAGCAGGCGGUGGUGGUGGCGGUGGUGGCGGUACGCGGACGUAUCUGGAUGAGGUGUCCAUCUACAAGAGGCUGACCAUCCUGGUUCGCUCGCUGUACAGCUACACGCGGGUGCUGCCCGCCUUCAAGCUGUUCAGGGCGGCAAAGCGGUGCCAAGGGGAGCAGUUCCGGCUGUACUACCGCAUCUCCCGUACACUGCAACCGCCUCAGGCCGCCGCAGCAGCAGCGGCGGCGGGCAGCGCCGCAGCGACCGCCGCCGCCACCCCCCUAGGAGGCCCCACCGCCGCCUCCACACCGCCAGCACUCUCCCCUCCUCCUCCUCAGCGACUCCAGGACUUCAUGUUCGCCCCCGUGGACACCCCAGGCGGCCGAUUCCGCGUCGCAGUACAACACAACCCCGCCGCCGCCGCCGCUGCCGCCGCCGUUCUCGAACAGCAGCUCCAGCUCUCGCAGCAACACAACGCCGCGUCGCUGCUGCCAGCAGCCGUGCCGUACACCAUCAACGAGAACUACCUAGGUCCUGGCGGCGGCGGAGGCCCUGGCGGCGGCGGUGCGGGUACGACAGCAUCCUCCUCCACUUCGCCGCGCCAUCCCGCAGCGUAUCCGGCGCCCGGGACGAGCGCCCCCGCGGCCUCAGGAGGCAUGUUGGCAGGGGCUGCUGCUGCUGGCGGUGGCCGGGCUCAGAGGGGAGGUCAGGGUGCCAUGGGAGCCCUCAUGAGUGUGUUUGGACCCAACAACGGAGCAGCUGCUGCAGCCGCCGCCACGGCUACUGCUGCGAUGGGGCGUAGCCCGCCGGGAGGGGCUAGUGGGGCUGGUGGUACGGCAGCCGGUACGGCAGCGGCGGCGGCGGCGCCUCCGCGGCCUAUUGUACGACAGAGCUGGAGUAGCAAGGACAUGAAGGUGUCGUUCUCUCUGCCGCCGCCUCUGGGGAGUCCCGGCGGCCAGGGGGCCGCGGUGCUGGGCGGCGGCGGAGGCGGGGGCUUGUACCGCAGGUCUAGUUCAGGGUACGGCAGCACUCCCUCCACUCCGCCGCUGCAGUCUCCGAGUCAGUCAGGUCGGAUGCCAAGCCAGCAACUCCCGGGCUCUUCAGGCGGCGGCGGCGGCGGCGGCCCUUUGUACGGCGGCUACAGCCUUCAGCGACAACAGUCGUACCACUCCUCCGGAUCGCUCCAGCAGCAGUACACGUAUCUGCGGAGCACGAGCGGCGGCAGCGGCGGCGCCCUGGGUACGACACCGCCGACGGCGGCAUCGCCGUCAGGCGGGCCGCCGCCUCGACCGCCCAGCGGCAGGAUGACGGCCGCGGCGGCGGCGGCGGCAACGGGUCAGGCUGCCGCUAACGCACCAGCGGCGGCAGCAGCGCCGCCGCCGCCGCCGUCGCCCGCCGCCGCCUCUGCAUUCGCGUCGGCAGCCCUGCAGCGACAACCCUCCAUGUCGUCCGCCGCCGCCGGCACUGCUGCUGCUGCGUCCAAAUCUGCGCUACCAGGGAAUGCAGGUCCGCAAGAGGAAGAGAACAACGCAACUGGAACGCCCGUCAAGGGCCAAACCGAGGGCGUCUCCUCGUCUCAGGAAGGCGCCGUGGACUCGGAGGGCAAGGCUGACGUGGCAACGGCGACAGCGGAGUUUGCUGGGAGGACAGGGCCCCCCCUAACUGCCGCUGAUCGAUCACCCAGCGCGCCUGUCGCCAUUCCUUCGAAAUCUUCAACCCGUACUCGCUCCGUUACCGACCUGCGCGCCCCGGCUGUGUACGGCGGAUUCGAAGUGCACCCCGCCGUCGCCGCCGCCGCGACCUCCUCAAGGUCCGCCGCCGCCGCUGCAGCGGCGGCGGCUGCCGCCGGCGGGGCACUAGCCGCGGCCGACUCGGCCACGGCGGCGGCGGCGGAAGGCACAUCGGCGUCGUCGUCAGCGACGGCGGCGGGGCCGGCGGCAGCCCCCCACCAUCGGAUGAUUCCUGGGAGCGCGCCGGCGGCACCGAGGGGCAUGCUGGGCCUGGCGUUGCAUGCCAUGAAGCCGCCGGCCGGUAAGAUCCCUGGCGCCGCCAGCGGCGGCGGCGCCAUGGAGGUUAGCGCCGCCGCCGCCGUCAGCGCCGGAAAGGGUAAAUCACAAGCAGGUGCGAUGACCGACGGCGGGAACGGAGGUGAAGAUGUGACGUCAGCAGCGACGGCGGCGGCGGUGCCUCCGCAAUCCGGAGCUGGCAACGGCAGCAGUACGGCAUUUCCUGCCGCCGGCUCUGACGGCGGUAAGGACAGCGGUGGCGGCGGCGGCGGGGGCCAGGCAAGCCAGGCUCUGGCUGUCGUUCGGGGCUCACGCCAGCAGCAGCAGCAGUACUAUCGGUACGGAUCUGCUCCGUACGGUGUACUUCCGUACGGCAGUCCUCCAGGCUAUAUGGCCGGCGGAGGCGGAGGCAUGGCGGUGCCGGUACCAGUGGGGUCGCUGCCGCCACCGUACGGCAGUCCACAACUGCCGUUCGCAUUCACCCCGUCGGCAGCGUCUAUGUCCCUGGCUUCGUUACACCAGGCCAUGGUCCCGCUGGGCUACUUCACCGGGGGUGCGCCAUCCUCCCUGCCCCGCGGCGUCGGCGGCGCCGUCAGCGGCGGCGUCAGCGUCGUGAGCAGCGGUGUCAGCGGUCGCGACAUCACCAGCCUCGCCACCAUCCGCCGCCCCUCCUGGAGCUCCAGAAGCGGUUCGCUAGAUCCCUCACUCGCCAGCGGCGGCGGCGGCCUGGCGGCAGCAGCAGCAGCAGCAGCGGCGGCAGCGGGUGUUCUCAUACCCAGCAUGUCGCCGGGGGAUUCCCGCGGUCGCGGCGGCGGGCGAGGGGGAGCGGGGCAGAGGGCUACGGAGCAGGGGCACCUGCAGGCGCAUGGGCGGGGGCACCGGCACAGCCAGGAGCGCAGCGGCACGCAGACUCUGGAUCCCUCGCCGGCGUCGGCGUCAGCGUCGGCCAUCUUCAGCCUCAGUCCGCCGUCGGCGGCGCCAGGCUCCUCGCCGGCGUCGCAUCAGCGCCGCCGCACAUCGGACGCUAAGGCGGCGGCGCCGGCGGCUACAGCGACGACGGCGGAGGAGGAGGGGCAGGAGGCGGCGGAGGACGCGAAUGAGGAUGUUACGGCAGAGGAUGUGCUGACGUCGGCUGACGUGGGCGUGGCCGCCGCCGCCGGCGGCGGCGGCCAUGCGGCGUACGACACGUAUGGGCCGUACAUGGACGGCGACGUCAUGGAUCCGGGGUUCUGUCCCAUGGGUCACGAGGAUAGCGAAUCGGACCUGUUGCCAUUUGCGCUGGAUCAGGAGGGGCUGGUGUUUAGCCCUGUGACAUGUGGCGGCGGGGCGGGAGGCAGUGGCGGCGGCGGGGGAGCUGGCGGACGACCCAUGGGUCAUCAGCAUGGCGGCGGAGGGCCACCGGCAGCAGCGGCGGGGGGGCGAUUUCCAGUUGCGGAUGGCACCGGGCCUAUUGAGUUGACGCUUAGCAUCGCCCCCUCCGCCGAGCGCGAUGUGGCGGUCGGCGCCUUCGUGCGGCUGCUGGCGGAGGCUGCCCCGCUGGCCGCCCCCCGCGGUCACCCGGCGGCGGUGGAGCUGGGGGCGGCCGCUGCACUGCAGGAGCUCGCGGAGCUGGGGGGCAGGCUGCGGGCGGCGCUGGGAGGGAUGGGGGGAGGGUGAGGGGAGGAGGAGAGGCUGGGGGAGGAGGAGGGUGGAGUGAGGGUUUGUUGGGGGAGUGCGUGCUGUGAGGGAUUGUCGGAGGGGCGUGAUGGAGUGUGGAGCGCAGGAGGAGCCGUGGGGUGGAGGAGAGAAUGCUGGUAGGAGGAUGCGGAUGUUGUUGGAAACCCUGCGAGGAGGACGCAACAGUAGAGCCUCAUGCGAUGUAGUUGAGUCUGGUUUCGUAGCGUUGGUCUGCAAGGGGUUUGCGGAGCUGGUGCAAGGGGCGCACGGCUGUAAGCGAGCCAUGUAGGUAGCCAGUAGCAACGUAGCUACAGGACUGUAGCAUUAAGUGAGCGAGCCAUGUAUGUUUCCAUCGUUGCCGCAUGGAAUGCCCUGCAGUGGGGUUCUUGUACGAGGGUACGACAUUCGUUUGAACACUGUAAAAUAAGCACUACCGGUUUGUGACAUAGAACUGCAUGUGCCUUGAACUUCAAAACGCAGUACACGUUUGCGUCCUGAUAAAAGCGGAACACUCCAAGCAGUUGUCCAAUCAGUUGCUGUUCCUGGCGAAGGG